AUGCUCCGUAUAUCCCCCCUACUCUUCUCUUCUGUCAUGCUAGUAGACCUCGUCCUAGCCCUCACACUCACCUCGCUCUUCGCAUCCGCAUACCCCGACCGCUUCCGUACCGCCCUAUGGCAAAACGGCGGCUCAGAAGGUUGGAACUCGGAUCCCCAGCAGCGCGUGUACGACUAUGCCAACUACCGCGAUUCGACAGUGUUCCACCUGGUGAUCGCUGCCAUAACGCUGUUUGUGUGGAUCGUGCGCUUCCAAGUCAACUGCCUCAGUGGAUACGUUCUCGAUCUUCACGCGAGUAUCAUGACGAAUGCCAUGUACGAUAUGCUUCUGGUUGGGCUCUAUGCAUCUAGCACGGCAAUGCAGAACUCGGGUGAUUUUUCGGAUCCUGAGCAUAUCAGUCUGAGGCCUUGGUAUCUGGAACGGGGGUGUGAGGAUGCGUGGAAGCGGACAUGGGGUGGGUGUGAAGUUAUGAGGGUGUCAUAUGGCUUGACGAUAUUUGCUGUGAUUUGGUACUGCCUCCGCUUUUUGACAACAUGCCUGUAUCUUGCGUACCAGCUUGGCAGAGAGCAUGAGGUUCAGGAUGUGUUGAACAAUUACGACGAACUCUCUGAGUGCAAGGCCAUGAGCUACACUCCUUGA